ACGAUCGACGCCGACGUGAACCGCAAGUGCCACACGGUCAACAGCGACUACCUCCCGUCGCUCACGCCGGGUGCGUACGGCACGAGCGCGUACCACAACUGCUUCCGCACCGACGCGCAGGUCGACGAGUACCUCGACGUGCUCGUCAAGCAGAACGCCGGUGUCAUCACCAAGUUUCAAAUCUCGACCACCCACAAAGGGUUGCCGAUCUGGGCCUACAAGAUCUCGACCGGCGCGCGCCCGUCGUCGCUGUACCUCCACGCGCUUCUCCACGCCCGUGAGUGGGUCGCGACGUCGUCGGCGAAGCCGACGCCGACCGAACGCACGACCUCAUCAUCGUGCCGCUAG